AUGAUUAUCAUACGACAAUUGGGGAAGGCUUUAAGGAUGGAUGAAAAGGAAAUGAGAGAUCUAUCCAAUGAUGGUAUGCAGCUAAUAAGGAUGAAUUAUUAUCCUCCUUGUCACGAGCCAGACAAAACCAUUGGCGUAAGUCCUCAUUCUGAUACUGAUGCCCUCACCAUCCUUCUUCAGCUCAACGAAACUGAUGGUCUCCAAGUCCGAAAAGACCAUAUUUGGGUGCCUAUAAAGCCCCUCCCAAAUGCUUUCAUUAUAUUGAGCAACGGUGUUUAUAGAAGCAUUGAGCACAGAGCAGUUGUAAACGCAAAGCAAGAGAGGCUAUCUCUUGCAACAUUCUAUAUCUUAACCCUGUCUCUGAAUUGGGACCUGCACACAGCCUCAUUAGACCAAAUAAUCCUCCAAUUUUCCCAAGAUUCCACCUAG